GGCGAAGCCGAAACGAGUCUCGGUGCCCUCGACUCGAGUAACUUUUGACCGAGCGCGCAUACCUCCACAGGGAGCGAACUUUCAGAGAAUCGGUUCGUUUCGCCUCUUCGAGGAAUUUCGAACUUUCCGUCUCCGUCCCUCUCCUCUCGGGGCCAAUGGGCGAUUGGGCACGCUCGGUUGGCUCCGCGCGCGAGCUUCUCCCACUUCGGUCGAAAAUUCGCUCCACGUGAAAAACAUCGAACCGGCGCUCAGUCAAACGGAGAUCGCCUACCGGCCUCGUGCUUCGCUUUGAAAGAGUGAAAAGUUGUAUCGAUUUGCCGCGCGUGUCACGAUCUCCGGAUUCUUUCACUCGGCCCUCAUUCCCGUGCGAAAAUAAUUAUCAAUUUUGAACGAUUAGUUACCGAAUCGACGCAACUUUUCGUGUUCUUUUUUAUUUCGAAACUCUGCUUCCGGUCACAUUUCUGAGGCUACAAUUCACUUCCAUUGUUCAUUCUCUGUUCAAGGGUAGACCGAACAGCUGCCUGUCACGAUCCACCCCAAAAUCGUGUGGGAGCGAGACGGAUAUUUCUAGCCCUUCGACACAAAACCGUCCAUUCAUCCCUGCACAAAACCCCACGCGCCCCACCCCGCGCUCCCUUCCGGACUCGUGUACACCCAGAACGCUCUUUUUUUCUCUUCAUCGAAUAAAUUCAGAGUGUCCUCGCAAUACUCGGCUCGGAAAGAGCGCCUUUGCUCGAUUAUUUGAUAAGAUAUCGAGAUAAUUGGACUUUUAUUGGCUUCGAUUGCGACCGGAAAAAUUAACCGAGUCCGCGUGCCCGCCUCCUUGUUGACGAGGGCGAAGCAAACUAGUAUUUCUGAAGGUGUGCGGAUUCAUUGAUUGACCAAACAAAAUGACAGCACGCUGGGAAAUCCUCGUCAUCGAAUAAGGUCGUUCGUAAUCGAUAAAUCGAAAAAUAGUGCUGAAUGUUGUAACUUCGAAACGGAAUACAAAAAGGUUUUUAAAGAGUGAAAUUCGUCGACUCGGUCAUUUCGGCGGGCGUGGAGAAAUAUUUGAGCGCACAAAAAGUGGUUCGAACUGGAACGCGAAUAGCCCGAAUCAUCGAAAAAAUAUUUAAAUUCGACAUUCAGAAACUGUUCGAAAAUAAUCCGCUUUCCCCUGCAAAAACGUGGCUAAAUGAGAGUCGGAAAAUAAAAUCGUGAACGAGAAAAGAGGAUUCAAAAGGAGGCGAAACUUGUCAUCGUGUGCGUGCAUAAGCCGAGGCUCUAUCAUAUCCUGGGAGAAUUUAUUCGUGUCGAAAAAAAAUUAACUCGAGUUCAAGUCCGUUGCGAGUCGUCUUUCGCAGCUGAUUCCGCGAUAAUUUUUUUCCUACGGUCGUCGAGUUGCUCUCGCAAGACGUGCAGACUAUUUUUCAGUGGACAAUGUUUGAAAUUCGCAGCGGUUAAAAGUUCUUUCUCCAUCCAGUGCUCGUGAAAUAAUCGGUGUUGAUUUUCCUAUAUUUUUCAAUGGGUCUGAGCAAAGAGCCGGAGAAAAUGUCGUUUUACGGAACGUUGACGAGGGAGGAAAUGGCCAGAAUGCAUCCGUGCACCAGAGCCAAGUGCGUGAUGAGAUCAGGAGAUUCGCCGCCGCCCCUGCAAGCCUCGAUACCAUCGGCGUACGAUGUCCCGGACGACGCGGGGUUGAACGGGCGCGUGACGAUUUCUUCGUCUCCGGCAAUAACGACGAGCAUAAAACCACUACGCUCGGAAUCGGGAGACAGCGAUGCCGAAGUCAUUUCGAUCGAAGAGGCUGUGCCCAUAGUUCACAAAACAUUACCGAGCCCAGAACCACAACCGAAAAUAGAGAAAAAAAAUGGAUACGACUCAAUGUACAUGGACGAGAAGAAGCUCGUCGACCCCGACGACGACCCUUGUAUCGUUAAAUGCGUAUAUUUUGCACAACAGUUGUGCGAAUGUACGAUAAUGUAAUAUUUUCACGAACAAAACAACACAAGAGCGCGCGAAACUCGUAAACUGUCGAAACGGCCGAAGCUAAAAAACAUUGAUAUAGUUUUACCUGCGGGAGUUUAUUUGCGAAAGACGCCCGCGCGAGGGCGCUGCUCGUCUAUUCCUUCCAGCCGGUAACGUCGCCAUUUUUAGAAAUUUCAAUUCGAUCGAGCGAGUAGCUAUAUAAAUAUAUAUUUUUAUAUAUUUAUAUAUUAUAUAUAUAAAUGUUUAUAAUUACGAUAAAAUAACGAUAAUAUAUAAUAUUAUUAUAUUUUUAUAGUAUUAUAAGUAUUGUUAAUAAAUUUGAUAUUACACGAUAGCUGUGAUUUUUUGCUAUGAAACAUUUGUAACUUAUUUGCAAACAACUCGUUCAUUUAGGUUAAAAACUCUUGAAUUUUCAGGCAACGAAACCAUUUUUUUCGUCAAAGGAUCGAGAGUGUUUCUUUCCCGACGUUUCGGGAGUGUCGAAACACGUGUGUUUGUAAAACGACGAAACAUUAAUGUCAAUUUCCAUCAAAGUAAAUAUAUGUCGCGUAGUAAAAGGUAGAAGUUUGAAGUAUUUUCCUCUAACACUGACAUUCCGAGCACAAUAACUCGUCACGGCACAAAAAUCCUCGCAAUAAGAACUGUUUAGACAAGUGACAGGUUUUUCUUCUUUUUUUUUUAUUGUAAAACGAUGUAUGUAUAAUAAAAAAAUUUUCUACAA